AUGGCUCAAUGGGACCGCAAGGGAAUGGAGAUCGCAUACCAGGAGGCGCUGCAGGGCUACGCGGAGGGCGGCGUGCCCAUCGGCGGGUGCCUCAUCGACCAGACGGACGGCACGGUGCUCGGGCGCGGGCGCAACAUGCGCUUCCAGCGCGCGUCCGCCACGUUGCACGGUGAGACCGCGGCACUGGAGAACGCCGGGCGCCUGCCCGGCCACGUGUACAAGCACUGCACGCUGUACACAACGCUCUCACCGUGCGACAUGUGCGCCGGCGCGGUGCUGCUGUACGGAAUCCCGCGCUGCGUGGUCGGCGAGAACGACACGUUCCUCGGCGCGGAGGCGCACCUGCGCGCGCGCGGCGUCGAGGUCGCGGUGCUGCAGGACGCUCGCUGCCGCGCGCUCAUGCAGCAGUUCGUCGCGGCACGGCCGCAGGACUGGAACGAGGACAUCGGACUGUAA